AUGAGUCUUGCAUCAUUCACUAUAAGUCCAUAUUUCUCAUUACUAGUCUGGGUAAAGCCUCUUAGUGAUGGAUAUUUAUUUAUGAAAUUUGAUGGCACCACAAUAUACUCUUAUAUAAAUUUUGCCUCAGGAAUAUCUGGAAUUAAUCUUAGGCUUUCAGAUUCGACUUCAGUUAGCAUAAGUAGUUCUUCUAGCCUGUCUUCAAGUUGGCAUUAUAUAGCAUUUACUGGUGGACUUACUUCAGGACAUACUGUUCUUAUCCGAUCAAUAGAUGGAGGAACUCCAACAUCAGCUACUUCUGCCUCCUCAGCAUAUUAUAAAGAUCUCGGAACACUUUACAUUGGAAAAGACAGUACAGCAUCUGGAGGUUUUACUGGAUUUAUAUGGAGCUUCAAAAUUUAUAAUGACAAUACAUACGCAUCUCAGGAGUGAAUAACUUCAGGCUGCCCUGGCUGCACUGCUUGCCCUUCUGAGCUUAAAUGCCCUGAUAGUUGUCCAUUCGGGCAGUAUUAUUCAAGUUCCUGUAUUUCUUGUGUAGGUUCAUGUCCUUAUGGUUGCAGAUCAACACUCACCUGCAGACUAUGCAAAGAUAAAGAAUGUCUGGCAUGCACAACUUUUGAUGGACCUUGCACAUCCUGUAUAACAAAUGCAAGCAUUUCAGGAACCACAUGUGUUUGCAAUAAUAAUGCUUUUUGGGAGCAAAGCUUGGAUGGGUGCAUGAUAUGUGACAAUUUAUGCAGCCAAUGCCAAACAAAUAAUUAUUUUUUGUGUACAUCUUGUGGAUCUUAUUAUCUUGUUUCAAAUAUUUGUUUAAGAGCCUGCCCAUAUGGAUUUACGAGUCCAUGUGUGACAAUAACUUCUCCUGUGAUAGAUAUAGAAUUCAAUAGCGAUUUUCAAGGUACAUAUACAAUCUUUACCACUGGAACAAAUCCAAGCUCCUAUCAAUUUUUUAACUUGCCUGAAACAGUAGACCCUAUCCCUGCAAAACAAAGAGGUUUAUAUUUCAAUGGAAGUCAAUAUUUAAUAUCAAAUACUAAUAUUUAUCUGUCACAUAGCUUCUCGAUAGGUUUCUGGAUUUAUGUAAUUUCUUCAGGAGAUAUUUUAUCCAAUUCAAGAAUUACUCUAGAGUCAUCUGGCUCUAUAAAAAUUAUAUUAGAAAGUCCAUCAGAGGCAGCUUUAUCAAAAACUCUGUCAAGCACACCUUUUGUAAUGUGAAAAUACUUAUCAUUUACAUGCUCAUUUGACAACCCGACAGUAAUAACUACUUUAACUGUUUAUAAUAAUAAUGUUUCUGUUGCAUCAUCUACUUACAAUACUCUAAUUUAUAGAGAUACCGUUAAUCAAAAAAUCAAAAUAGGUGGCAGCUCAUCAUCGUAUUUUACAGGGUUUAUCUACAAAUAUCAACUCUGAAAUGUUGCUAUUUCUGAUUUUUCAACACAGCUUGAUGAAAUUUGUGGAUCUGGCUUAUUAGCUACUUGUCUAUGGGGAUGCGAUAUAAGUAAAUACUGAUAUUCAGCAGCAUGCCAGAGUUGUGAUUCUACUUGUACUUUGGGAUGCACGAGAAGUGGAUCUUGUAAUGUUUGUGAUGACCCCCUUUGUAGUGUGUGUGCUGGAUUUGAUACAAAUAAGUGCACUACUUGUGUUUCACAUGCCCAUGGCUCACCUUGUAGUUGCGAUUUAGACUAUUACUUGUCUCCAGAUGGGUUUUCUUGCUUGCCUUGCUUUACUGGAUGCUCUAUUUGUUCAUCAUCACAUUAUUACCAAUGCUCGGCUUGCGACUCUACAUAUUAUUUUUUAAAUGUCAUAUGUGAUACACAAUGCCAAAGUGGCUAUAGUCAAAAUCCAGGCACGAAUAAAUGUGACUUACCCCCGUCCGUGAGUGAACAAAAAAAUUUGUUCCUAACGAAGUUUUUUUUUUAAAGAAAUACUAAUUUGAAAGUAUAAUUUAUUUUAUAAGAUUUAUUUUUUAAAAUGCGAGUUGUUUAAAAUUAACCAGAAUUAGCAAGAGAUUUCAUUAUAAUAAUUAUCAGUUAUAUAUAAAAUUUUUUUUUAUAAAAUAAUUUUCGAAUAAAAAAAACUUUGUUCCUCAUGGAGGGUGUGUUCUUGGUUAAAAAAAUAGGCAUUUUUCUAAUGGUUUGCUCGCUCACGGAGGGAGGAGUUAGUGAAUAGUUUAGUUGUAGAUUUAGAAUUGGAUGAUUAUAUAGUGCUUGACACUUUAUCAGGGUUUAAUGUUGGAAAUCUCAAUACAAAUGUUUAUCCUGUGAUUGAUUCAAACGAUCCCAUUCCUUCAAUUAGCCGUGGAUACUAUUUCACUGGACAAAGUCAUAUGACUAGCUCUUUAAUUUUUAGUCCUUAUUUCUCCAUCAUGCUUUGGGUUAAGGUUAUUGAUCAGGGACUUUUAAUUGAAAAAUACUAUGGAGCUUCUCAAUAUUUAGUUGUUAAAAUUGACAGCAGCGGCGAUUCAAAUCUCAAUUUAUUACUUAAAGAUGGAUCAUCUCUUAAUGCGGCUACUCCACAAAAUUUAUUUUUUGAUUGGCAUUACUUGUCAUUUUCUGGAUCAAUUAAUGCAGAUGGGACUUAUAGUUCUUAUAGUUAUAUAGACUCAUCACUUGCUAUGACAAAGACUUCAGUAUCUCAAACAUACUUAAGAGAUAAUAUUUCUGGAAUUUUUCAAAUUGGCUCUGAUAAUGCGUCACAGACUGGCUUCAAAGGAUUCCUGUGGAGUUUAAAAAUAUAUAAUGAUGAAACUCAUGCCAAUUCCGACUGAACAACUACGACUUGCACUGCAAACCCUUGCACAAGUUGCCCGGCUGGAGAUUUCUGUCCAAGCUCUUGCUCGCUAGCAAAUUAUCCUGAUAGCACUACAUGUGAUCCAUGCAAAACAUCAUGCUCUAAUGGGUGUAGAAGCAAUCUAGCAUGCACACUUUGCAGUGAAAAAGAAUGCUAUUCCUGCACAUCUUUUUCAAAUAAGUGCUUAAGCUGUAUUUAUUAGCCACUAGAGCCGAAAUGGAGGUGAAGAGAAUCUACUUCAUAUGUGCCAUGGCGUCAAAUGCUGAAGAAGUGGAACGGUGGCGCUCGAGUUGUACAACUAACCCGAUGAAUCAUCUUACUCGAAGAAGUUCUGCCUCUUAAAGUCUCAAAGAGGGUGAAUCCCCUAAGGGAUCUUUGGUGACUGCGCUACAAUGGCAGAAGCCGACCUAUAAUUUAAGUUUAAGCUUAAGCUGCAUUACAAAUGCGGGAUUUGUAGGAGAUUCAUGCCAAUGCAACCUAAAUGCUUAUUGGAAUGGAAGCACAGAAACCUGCGAUCUCUGCCACUCCAUUUGUUCAUCAUGCACAGGGCCUUCUUUCACUGAAUGCAUUCAAUGUGGGACUUCUUUGUUUAUGCUAUCAAACAUUUGCUUGGAAUUUUGUCCUUCUGGAUAUGUUUCAGGAGCCAAUAAUUGCAAUCUAUCUCACGGCCUAGCAUUUAAUUUAAGAUUUAACCAGAUAAAAGACACAGUUUAUGACUCAGUAGGUAACGUUGCUUUUCAAACUGGUAAUGAUGAUAGUUUUUAUCCGUUCUAUAAUUCUGGAGAUCCAUUUGCUGCAAAACUAAGAGGUUACUAUUUUAGAGGAACCUCCUUUAUAAAAUCAAUUGAUGCUUCACCAUCCAUAACAUUUGGAGCAGAAUUCACUAUUUCAGCAUGAAUAAACCCAAGAUCAGAUACUGGAUACAUAAUCUCUAAACAAGACAACUCACCUUCAGCCUUUAUUGCAUUAUCAUUGAUCUCUAGCAAACUUAAUUUUUCAAUGAAACUAAAAGGUGGAACAACAGUUUCAUACACAAGUACUAGCUUAUCAGUUAAUUUAGGAUCUUGGAAUUUUAUUGCUGUUAAAAGUAUUAUAAGCUCCACACCGCAGCAAAUUAUUUCCUUUUACAUAGACUCUUCUAAUGAAUUAUCCUCUGAUCUAGUUUAUUCAUGAUAUCAAGAUAUUUCUUCAUCGUUUUCUAUUGCCAUUGGUGCUGACACAAUUUCAAAUACAAACUUUUAUACUGGAUUUUUAUGAAGUAUUAAUAUUUAUAAUGCUGAUGAACCACUUAGUAGUAUGAUGACUUCAGGAACUUGCUCAGGAUGCUCAUUUUGCCCUAUAGAAUUAUCAAAUGCAUGCAUCCCAAACUGCGAUUUGCUAUAUUAUCCAGAUGGAUCAAGUUGCACUUCAUGCCAAACUCAAUGCACUUGGGGCUGUGUUAGACAUGAUAAAAAUUGUAACCUAUGUCAAGAUGUAAUUUGUUUAGUGUGUGAUGAUUAUGCAUCGACAUGCAUAACUUGUAGAGGUUAGGUUAUUUAAAGCCAGGCGUUAAGCCAUAUUUGUGAAGCAGUCACCAAAUACCUCCUAUACAGAAGAUUCUACUAUGGGCUCCAGACCAGAGGGUCUAUUCCCCGAAGACAUGUGUCACCUCCGGUACCUUCUGCCUCCUCCUUGCCUUCCGGCUUCAGUCUUGAGUUGACGACUUAUGGCAUAGCUUAUAGAGAGCAUGCCUAUUUAUCUUCAUCAGCCUGUGUAUGCUAUGACGGGUAUUAUUGGAAUUUAGCGGAUGAAAAAUGUGAUUCAUGCGAUUACACUUGCAAAACCUGUACAUCUUCAACUUCUGGAGAUUGCAUAGUUUGCGCAUCUGGGUUUUAUAUGUAUUUAGGGUGGUGUAUAUCAAAGUGUCCUGAUGGGUUUAUAGAGAGUGGAUCAGUGUGCUUAGAAAAAGAUCCUUUUAUAUUCUAUCUGUCUUUUGAUACUCUGGAAGGGGUUGUUUUUGAUAAGAAAAGAAGCAUUCCUGCAUUAACUGGCAAUAGUACAGCGUUUUAUCCAGAUUAUGAUCCAUUUGAUCCAUUAGCUGCCUCAUAUCGAGGAUUUUAUUUCAAUGGAGUAAGCUCAAUUAUGCAUUUACCUAUUUACCCUAAUUACAGCAGUCCAGUUCUCAGCUUUGGCUAUUCAUUUACAUUUUCGAUGUGAAUUAACAUAGAGAGUAGCUUUGGAAUGAUUAUCUCAAAACAAGAUAACCUCUAUAAGCCAAUCUUCUCUCUCCAAUUGGUUUCAGGGGUUGUAAUGAUUUCAUUAAACUUCAAAGCUUCAGGACUGAACUAUUUCUUUUAUUUGCAAAGUCUUGAAUCUUACGUAUGAAAUCAUAUUGCUUUUUCUACAGAAUAUACAAGUUUGAAAAAUACGAAAAUAGCAUUCUAUUUAAAUGGAGUCGCAGAUCAUCAAGUUGAUUUCGGAUCUGACUAUUUUAAGGAUACGAAAACAGACUUUACUUUUACACUUGGAGCAGAAAUAGGUUCUUUGGGCUAUUCUAAUUAUUUUAAAGGGUUUAUUUACGAUAUUAAGGGAUAUAACUCAGUAAAAAUUAUAUUAUCCCUCUCAUUACCUGCAGCAAAAUGUACAGAAAAUUGUAAAGCAUGCCUUACAACUAGUGUCUGCAUCCCUAAUUGUCUCAUUAAUCAGUACUGAGUUGGUCCAGAAUAUAAUAAAUGCUCCAAAUGUAGUAUUGAAUGCUCAAGCUGCAAAGAUUCUAGUAAAUUUUGCAACCUUUGUGACAAUCCUAAAUGUAUAUCUUGCUCUGAUUACACUGCAGACUCCUGUCUUGAAUGCAUAUCUGGAACAUCAAAUAGAGCAAAUUGCCAAUGCGAUUAUGGUCUUACUUGGAAUUCGAGCUCAGGAAUAUGCGAGAUGUGUCAUCAAUGGCAAUACAAAGCAAAUGACUCUUGCUAUGACUGUCCUCCUCUUUGUGCUCAAUGUGAUAACGAAACUAAGUGCACAUGAUGUAUAAAUAACGCCACAUUGCAAUCAGGGAGCUGCUCUUGCUCUCCUGGAUAUAUUGGGACAACAACUUGCACAUAUAUACCUUUUAGUGUUUCUCUCACUGUUAACAAAAAUAACACUUUAAUUCUAGCCUUUAGUGAUAUCUUGAAACAGAAAUUGAACAAUAAUCACAUUUUUAUAUACAAGUUCAUAAUCAGACAAUACCAUCAUGAUCUGUUGAUUACAUUUCAAAUAACGAAUAUUUAAUAUCAUGCAAUUUUGGUGGAGGAAUAUCAAAGGGCACAUUAGUUUCUGUAUAUUUUUUAGAUCACACUGCUGUUAUUUCAAUAUCUGGUGGAGUAAUUCGCGAUAAUUAUUUAGCAGGCUCUCUUUAUCAAUCCGCAAUGACUUCUGAGCAGCAAGAAAUUGCGAAAAUUCAAAAUCAAGUUUCUUCAGGAGCAAAAAUUUUGGUUGGCUCUAGUAUUGCUUUGGCAAUGUUCAGCCCAAACCCUUCUGGCUUAUGAACCAUGCUUAACACAAUUCAGCUUCUCUCUUACAUACCUUAUGCAAACUACCCUUUGACAGAUAAAAUUUCUGCAUUUUUUAAGUCAAUGAAUGAUUUUAAUAUUGUCCCGAACUUAUUUCUAUUAUUUGUUGAUGAAAAUCAAGGCAAUACUCCUUAUUAUCAGGCAAAAAAAUAUGGAUAUGAUAGUGACUUAAUACUUGUAAAUGUGGGAAAUAAUUUAACAGUUCUAUUUUUUAUUAUAGCUAUUAUUCCUCCGGUAUAUUAUUUAUCUAAAUGCUCUCAGAGAUAUGUAGGGAAAAAACUCAACAAGAUAUGUAAUGAAUACAAAUUUGGCACAUUUUUACGGUUUUGGAUCUUAAAUUAUCUAGAAGUUGGUUUCGCUGCUAUAAUUGGCAUAUUAAGUGUAGAAAACUCUGGAUAUUUUGAAAAUUCCAUUAAGCUUACGAACUAUCUUCUUUGCUGAUCUUUCAUUGUAAAGUUAAUUUAG